UCGAGAAUCUACGCCGAGGGCAGCCAUGGCGAGUUCUGCGUCAGGAAGCAGCAGGGUGAUGGACGGCGGGGCCCAGAAGAAGCGGAAAGGACCCGGGGCGAUUGCAACAGCCUACCUGGUUAUUUACAACGUUGUCAUGACAGCCGGGUGGCUGGUUAUCGCCGUGGGCUUAGUGCGCUCGUAUCUGGCCAAAGGGAGUCACCAUCAUCUCUACCACUCCAUCGAGAAGCCACUGAAGUUCUUCCAGACCGGGGCUCUGUUGGAGAUUGUUCAUUGUGCAAUCGGAAUCGUGCCGUCGUCCGUCGUGCUGACUGCCUUCCAGGUGAUGUCACGCGUGUUCCUGACGUGGGCCGUGACACACAGCGUGCGCGAGGUUCAGAGUGAAGACUCGGUUCUGCUUUUCGUGGCCGCGUGGACAGUCACUGAAAUCGUCCGCUAUUUGUUUUAUACGUUCAGCCUCCUAAACCACUUACCUUACAUCAUCAAGUGGGCCAGGUACACCCUGUUCAUCGCGCUCUACCCCAUGGGGGUAACGGGGGAACUGCUGACCAUCUACGCGGCGCUGCCCUUUGUUAAGCAGAGGGGGUUAUACUCCAUCAGCCUCCCCAACAAGUACAACUUCUCCUUCGACUACCACGCCUUCCUCAUCCUCGUCAUGGUGUCCUACAUUCCCCUCUUCCCGCAGCUCUACUUCCACAUGCUGCACCAGCGACGGAAGGUCCUCCACGCUGACCACAAGAAGGCAGAUUAACCCCCGCUCAGCCACGCCUGGUUCUGGUUGGGUUUUUUUGCAGACUUUUUGAAUCUUCAUUUAACACAAAAUCCACGGGAGGUAAAUCUGCAGGAAUGUGAAUCAUGUACCCUGUUUCCGGUCUAACACGGGGCCACGAGGGCCACGCGUGCAGCAUGCGCUGGGACUGAAUGGUUUCGCUACUUUGUCUUUUUAUAAUCCUGAAAUGUCUUGUAUUUGGUACUAAAAGCUCGUAAAGCGAUGA